CUCUUGUUACUGUAGCUGAGCUUAAUAUAGUUGUAGGAAGCCUUGCUACAGGACUUCCUUGUAAUACAGGCGCACAAUUUCCCCCCAAGUCUUUUCAUCGCAGAAGCUUUUCACUGUUUAUGAAGAUCUAAAGGGAAAAUUUAGAGAAUUCCGUUGCAGUUGACUUGAUGAAUCCCUCACUUGUUGCCUACGAAGAUUCAGACUCUGAGACAGAGGAUGGGAAAUCUGAAGAUGCCACUGCCAGGGGAAUAAAUGUUACAAAUUCUGCUAUGACUGCUGCUCAGCCUUGUGAUGGGAUAGUCAAAAAUUUUGAUAGCACAUUCCAACCUGUGGAAUACAUGGGCAGUUCCAGGAGUAACAUGUUUCAUGAAGAUACUCUUCUCCAGCACCUAAAACCUAAUAAAAAGUAUAUGGCAACCACACUUCCUAAGAAAUUACAGCCUGAUACACCUAGACUACUUUCUGCAAAUGAGAGUUGCUCUCAGAAGAGGCCCUGUGAUUACAGCGAAGUUACUAUACAAGGGCUGAGACCAUAUAUUCCUAAAAGACUGCGGCAGGAAAAAAAUCCACUUCUUUGUGAAGCUGAAGACAGUGGCCAGAGCACAAGUUGUGCAUCCAAACUUGAUACAGCAGGAGAACAGAUGCCCUUUAAUACUUCCCAAUAUAUUAUGCCAUACAUAGGUUCUAAGUAUGGGAUAACUGAAAUUCCUAGGAACCUGGUAUUUCAGAUGUCUGAUCACAGCGGUCCAGUUAAUGUGGUCCAGUGGUGCCCGGUGCAGAAGUGGAGCCAUAUGUUGCUCUCUGCAUCUAUGGAUAAAACUGUCAAGGUUUGGGAUGCUGUGGAUCAGGGCCGUUGCUUGAAAACAUACCUUUGCCACACCUGUGCCGUUCGAGCUGCCCAGUGGACCCCCUGUGGGAGAGGUGUUCUCAGCGGAGGGUUUGAUUCUAUGCUUCAUUUAACUGAUAUAGAAACAGGAGCACAGACUUUUAGCAGCAGGACUGACUUUCGAAUUAGCACCUUGAAGUUUCACCCUCUUGAUCCAAAUGUUUGUAUCUGUGGAGGAUUCAGUCCAGAGGUCAAGGCCUGGGAUAUCAGGUCUUCCAAGGUAAUAAAAGUUUACAAAGCUGCGGUACAGCAAACCUUGGAUAUCAUGUUCCUCCCUGAAGGAAAAGAAUUUCUUACUAGCACCGAUGCAGUAAGCCAAGAUUCCGCUGACCGUACCAUCAUUGCCUGGGAUUUCCACACAGCUGCAAAGAUCUCCAAUCAAAUCUACCAUGAGCGUUACACCUGCCCCAGUUUUGCGCCACAUCCUAAGGAGCCUGCCUUCGUCGCUCAAACAAAUGGCAACUACCUGGCCUUGUUCUCUAGCCUGCGGCCCUACAGAAUGAACAAAAAGAAGAUAUAUGAAGGGCACAAGGUUGAAGGAUAUGCGAUAGGCUGCGAGUUCUCCCCCGAUGGAAUGCUACUUGUCACCGGGAGUUCGGAGGGCAAAGUGUUUUUCUACAACUAUCGCACGGCUCGGAUCAUUCGCACGCUGUCCGCGCAAAGCCAGGCCUGCGUGUGUGCAACUUUCCAUCCAGUCCUUCCGUCGCUCCUUGCUACAUGUGGCUGGGACGGAGUCAUCAAGAUCUGGCAAUGAUAAUAUCAGUGAUCUUAAAAAUCAACUAUAUAUAUAUAUAUAUAUGUCCUGUGUUUUGAAGUUUGCUUCCAAGUUUGCUCUAGAGCAGGGUUUCCCAAACUUGGGUCUCCAGCUGUUUUUGGACUACAAUUCCCAUCAUCCCUGACCACUGGUCCUGCUAGCUAGGGAUCAUGGGAGUUGUUGUCCCAAAACAGCUGGCGACCCAAAUUUGCAAAACCCUACUCUGUAAUGCUGCUGGCUCAACCAUACAGGUGCCCAACUUGCUUAGCUCAUUUUUCUUCAUACUUUGCCUGGAGCUGUGAUACUCUAGGGCAGUGGUUCCCAAACAUUUUGGGGGCGUAGCCUCUUCGGUUCCAUAAACUCAUCCCCAAUGCCCUCUACCCUACCCUAUAAAGUGCAUUGUUCGGAAUAGUGGUUUGCAUGACCCACUAAGGGAGAUACUAACACAAUGAAAUUCAAAACAGGAGCAGUGAAUUGCAUGUUGAUUCAAAACCCGAUUAAAUCUAUUUAAUUCAACAAAAUGGGUGAAAUUGAUCUAAUGGCACCAGCUUUUCAAAGUCUGAUAGAAAUUGACACCUCCAGCACCCCCCUCCCCGCUACCCUCUUGCCUCUUAACGUCCACAUUUGGAACCAUUGCUCUACGGCAGGCAUGUCAAACCUGCGACCCUCCAGAUGUUUUGGACUACAAUUCCCAUCUUCCCCAACCACUGGUCCUGCUAGUUAGGGAUCAUGGGAGUUGUAGGCCAAAACAUCUGGAGGGCCGCAGGUUUGACAUGCCUGCUCUACGGCGUCUUGAUGCUCACUGAGCUGCGGUUUCCUUGCAGAAAGUACUAAAUCUGUAACUGUGACUAGUUUCCACCCUCUUGCUGCUAUAGUUAAUGAGGGAAAGAGCUUCCAAAAUGAAUGAGUGACUAGCCUGCAGUCCCAAGUCUAUACAGUCUAGCUGCCAUGACUUACUACAGAAUGCACAAAACCUGUGACUAGAAGUGAUUAAGAAAGGUUCAGAGUCAAGGUUAGGUGCCACUGGGAGCAUCGAAAUGUGACCCACUUUAAACUUGGUUGAAUCUACACUUUAGCCUUUAAACCUUUUCUGUCCUAGAGACGAGAGGUGAUUUUCUUUGCUUAGCUAAAGCUGAACUUCAGCCCUUUUCUCUUUAAAACAGUCCCAGCCCUUUACCAGUACACAUGACUUGGCCUUGCAGAAGUUCCCCUGUUUUGAGUCCUCGGCUAAGUCAUGCUAACGGGCUCGGCGCUGUGGCUGAUGCAACUUUUCUGGUGCAGGUUACUGUCAUUUGGAUCUUGCGGGGAGUUCUACUUACAAAUUGCGUUUGGGGCCUGUAUGAUUUGGAUGUGAGUCGCUUUCAUGUGAGCAGAAGUUUCUUCAGAGGAGCUGCACUUUUAAGACUGUAGCUUUCAUAUAAGACAGAGAUUGUCUUAGGAGAGCUGGCAGUAGAAAGGAAAACGGAAACAGUAUUUUAAGUUCGUGAUCCCUGCUUCCAUGCCAUUGAUGUUCAAUACUGGAUAGGCUUCUUGCCCUAAAAUGCAGUUAAGUUUAUAUAUUUACCAAGUCUCAGCCAGUAUGUUUUCAUUCUGUGUUCUGAGGGUUGAGGCAUGACUUCUUCUUCUUCUUCUUCUUCUUCUUCUUCUUCUUCUUCUUCUUCUUCUUCUUCUUCUUCUUCUUCUUCUUCUUCUUCUUCUUCUUCUUCUUCUUCUUCUUCUUCUUCUUCUUCUUCUUCUUCUUCUUCUUCUUCUUCCCUCCCACCAGCUGACUUGGUUGCCCCAGCCACUCUGGUGUGAGCCAUCACUGAGAGAUGUCAGAGGCCAGCUUUUGUGUAGAGUGUGAUUUGCAUGAGAACCAGCGGAACUUGAACAUUGAUCUGCCAUAGAUGGCGGGUAAGAACUCAGCCAUUUGUAACACACCUUUCAUGCCAGACAAAAAGCGCUCGUAUACAAUCAUUCUGUGUAAAUAAGAGGGCAUAGUUUUAUGCUGUGCUGAAGUGAAAAUUAUUAAAUGUUGAAAUGUACAAAUGAUUCAAUGAAGAUACUAUAAAAUGUGAAAUAAAAACCCUUUUUUAUUUUUAGAAAAAUGCAAAGAAGGUAAACUAGGGCAAUCCUUGCUUCCUUGUUUGUUUCCUGUGCUCAUAUUCAUUGGCAAACCUAUUUACUCUUUUUUUGCGUUGACUGGAUGUGUUUAUUGAUCAGGAUUUUUCCUGGGCACAGCUGUGAUGAAAGUUACUGACACAAUAGCAUUUUAGUUCUUUAUAUUUUAUAGGACAUGGACUUCCAUUGAACAGAGGUUACGUUAAGGACUUGGCUGACUCGGGGGUGUGUGUUUGUUUGAUGUUACGUUAUUUUCCUGUUGCACACUUCCAAAAAGCUCUCGGAGCAGCUUACAGUAUAUGGUAAAAACACAAAACAGCAACAAGUAGAGCACAACAGAACCCAAGUCUAAAACAGUACAAAAGCAACUUAAGAGAAACAACCAACGCAAUUAAAAAGCAAGUACAACCUUCUCUGCCCACCUACAAAAAAAGUUUUCUGAAAUAGGAAAGGAAAACCCUUGCAGUUUUCCUAAAUAUUAUAUUAGAAAUAACCUGACAAGUUGCUCUACAGAGGGAAUUCUGCUUAAAUCAGGAGUUGGCAAGCAAAGGGUCUGCUGGUUUCUCUUUAAGGUUUCCAGACUCAAAAGAGAGCAGGGCAAUUAAAGGCACAGAAGUCCUGUCCUCUAUUGAGUGCCAUCAUGGCAGAUUGCUGGAGAAGAGACCAGCUGGCUUGCUCUCUGCUGUACUACAGCACCACCCUUGCAAAUGGUCAGAGGAGGUACUACAACUUCUUAGAGGUUGGUACAACAAAUCACCAGGAAUCAGUAGAUUAUAGAGUCUGGCGCUGCUUUGACUCUUCAGUCUGAUCGGGGUGUUUCUUAGACACAGAAUGAGUUCAGUCUGCUGUCCCUGGCUUGUCUCCCCACCUCCCAUUCAUCAGCUCCGUCAGCAGGAAACAGGAGGGACGACUUCAGAAAGAAAUCGAUCUGAUCCGUUGGGUAUUUCACUGAAGAGAACCGAGCGCCUAAGCUUUCCUCCCAGGUCUUCCUCCUGUUCAGUUUUGUCUCGGAGACUCUUGUUUCUCCACUGCGAGGCUUCACAUUAAUUUGGUACCUUUUGUAUUUGAGCAUUUUCAGGUUGGCGAAGUUUGAAAAGCACAUGAGUAGCUAUUUUGGCCCACCUGCGGGUUUGCAGAGUGGCAGUGUAGGUACAAUCUUCAUUUUAAAGCCUCAUUUUCUGAAUAGGUCUGCUGCUGAGCUAGGAGUGUGGGCCUGGUGAGCAAGACAGACCAUGCCACUUACCUCUCAUAAUGGGACUUGAAGUUAGGGGGAUCUAACAGUUGGGCUUGAGGCGGGAGGUAAUAAUUCCUGAGGAUUUACGCCUCCCUUUCUGUACUCGUCACUGUCAAUUUUCUCUUAGCCAACCUUCUUCAGCCUUGAGUCCCCAAUAGCUAUCAUCCCCAGCUAGCUUAGCCAAUAGCAAAGGUUGAUGGCAUCUGUCGUCGAACAGCAUCUUUGGAACCAAGGCUAAGGAAUGCCCUCGUAAGCAAUAUUAAUUUUCUUAAUGAAGUUAUUGUUUAUCUAGUCCCUCCUACGUUGUUUCAGAGAUCAUGGAAGCCAUGGACUCCCUCUGUGUCCUUCUUCCCAUUAUCAGCAAAUAUAGAAUUGUAGAGUUGCAAGCAACCCCAAGGGUCAUCUAGUCCAACCCCUUGCAAUGCAGGAAUUUCAGCUGAAGCCUCCAUGACAGCUGUCCAUCCAACCUCUGCUUCAAAACCUCCAAUGAAGGAGAGCCCACCACUUCCUGAGGGAAUCCGUUCCACUAUCGGAACAGCUCUAACCACCAGAAAUUUCUUCCUGAUGUUUAGUCAGAAUAUCAUUUCCUUUAACUUGGUUCAAGUCCUACCCUCUGCAGCAGCAGAAGAGUAGCUUUCUCCAUCUUCCAUGUGACAGCCCUUUAGAUAAGGAAUGUGGCUAUCACAUCUCCUCUCUGUCUCUUUUUAAGAGUUGGUAUUGGAAGUUGUCGGGGACUGGGCAGAGGAAGAAUGGUGGAGACCUCCUCCCCAGACUCACCCUUUCAGAGAAGAAGAAGACAGUUCAGAAUUACAACAGGGGUUUGAGGGAGAUCACAACUCAGAGGCCGAUGAGGGGAAAAGCUGGGAAAUAAUGGAAGAGGAGGAAGAAGCACCAGAGGGGAGGGGGGGGACAGCAGAUGGACACAGUGUUUUUAGAAAGCAUUCCAGACCCCCCCUCUCCCAGAACCUGGUGGGAAUUGAAAGUUGGAGAGCAGAGAGCUCCGAGGCAGAAGACACAUCUCAGCACUUGUAUUGAUGACACAUAAUAGGAGAGAGGGAGGAGAUGAAGACUCACUCGGAGCAACACCAUUACUCCAAGAGGUUGCAUUUCUAAGCCUCUCUCUGUGAAUAUUGAAUAUUAAGCAUUGGUAAGAACUUUCCUUGUCUUAUCUGUUCCUGGCAACCUACCAUGGGGGGGUUGGAUCCUCUGACUCCUGACAGUCCUUUCCUGUGGCUCAUGCAGUCCCUUUGCAACAGGUCUUGCAAAAUAGUGAAAUGUUGAGUGUUUCAAAAAUGGAGAGGCAUCCCAUUGUUGGUUGUGGGUUUAAACCAGAACAGAACCUAAGAUCUCAUGCGCGCACAUAAUGCACUCCACCAGUAGCCCAAGGGGCAUUGCCCCUUUGUAUGGCCCCCCCCCCAAAUCUCCAGGGGGUUGAGGGGACCCUCCAGAGACAUGACAUGGAAGAUUGCUCCAUUGUGCAAGAAGCAAUCAUUGUGCUAAUGGGAUGAUCUCAAUGCUACGCCGAAUACAACCCAAGGUUCCUUGCUUUCUGUGAAAUCAAUGCAGUUGCCAAACUGGUCUUUUUUAGUCGCAUGAAGCAGAAUGAGCUUGCAAUGCUGUUCUACUGGAACAUGUUGCUUCUCUCCUGUGGGCUCCAUUUUCAUUUCUGCAGCAACAUUCUCUUUGAGAGGAGCAUGUGGGAUUUCAAUCACUAGUGUUUGCAAAGCAUUUUGAGACCGUCUACUGGAAGGCAAUAAAGGCAAGUAAAGAUUCAUUAUUUAUUAAUUUGUCUUACUUAUGAAGCAAUAAUUGACUGCUUUCUCGGGAUUCGAAUACCUAAUAGAGUUCACAUUUUGACCUUUCAAUAGCUCAGGUGGUUUUUUUAAAAACCAAAAACACCCAGCUACAGUACAGUGUCCUUGAAAUUUGAAAUAAUUGCUAGGUACUUAAGUUACAAUACGGGAUAUUUUAAUGGCAGCCUGUAGAUGACUUUCAGCAUCGAAGCACCACUAAUGCCCAAUGUCUGGAGUUAUAGAGGCAUUGAAAGCAAUGAUUACACUGGAGCUUCACAUAAUAGACAUCAUGACUAAGAGUCCUUGAUAGCCUUAUCCUCUGUGGGUUUUUUUGUCUAGUUCCUUUUAAAAGUUGCCCAAGUUGGUGACCAUCCACACUUCUUGUGGUAGCAAAUUCCACAGUAUAGCUUACACAUAGUUUAUUAUUUAUUUAUUUAUACCCCGCCCAUCUGGCUGGGUUUCCUCGGCCACUCUGGGCGGCUUCCAACAGAUAUAAAAAUACAUUAAAUAUCACAGAUUAAAAACUUCCCUAAACAGGGCUGCCUUUAGGUGUUUUCUAAAUAUCAGGUAGAGUUGUUCAUCUUCCUGACCUCCGAUGGAAGGGUGUUCCACAGGGCGGGUGCCACUACCGAGAAGGCCCUCUGCCUGGUUCCCUGUAGCUUUGCUUCUCACAGUGAGGGAACCGCCAGAAGGCCCUUGGCACUGGAUCUCAGUGUCCGGGCUGAACAAUGGGGGUGGAGACGCUCCUUCAGGUAUACAGGACCAAGGCCGCUUAGGGCUUUAAAGGUCAGCACCAACACUUUGAAUUGUGCUCGGAAAUGUACUGGGAGCCAGUGUAGGUCUCUUAGGACCGGUGUUAUGUGGUCCUGGCGGCCGCUCCCAGUCACCAGUCUAGCUGCCGCAUUCUGGAUUAAUUGCACUUUCCGGGUCACCUUCAAAGGUAGCCCCACGUAGAGCGCAUUGCAGUAGUCCAAGCGGGAGAUAACUAGAGCAUGCACCACUCUGGCGAGACGGGCAGGUAGGGUCUCAGCCUGCGUACCAGAUGGAGCUGAUAGGCAGCCACCCUGGACACAGAAUUGAC